AUGGCAGAUACUGUGUUGAGCAUGGCCAGGUCCAUGGUGGGCGGCGCUCUCAGCAACGCAGCCUCUGCCGCCGCGGACGAGAUGAGCCUUCUCAUGGGCGUGCGCAAGGAUAUCUGGUUCAUCAAAGAUGAGUUAGAGACUAUGCAGGCAUUCCUGGUGGUUGCUGAAGCAAUGAAGGAGAAAGACCUGCUACUCAAGGUGUGGGCAAAGCAAGUGAGGGACCUGUCCUACAAUAUUGAAGAUUGCCUUGGUGAAUUCAUGGUACAUGUGGCAAGUAAAAGCUUGUCACAAAAGCUGAUGAAGCUUAAAGAUCGCCAUCGAAUCGCCAUGCAGAUCCGUGAUCUCAAAUCAAGAGUAGAAGAAGUGAGUAACAGGAACACACGGUACAACCUGAUUGACAAGAACCUAGUCCUCGCCAGAGCCAUUGAUGAGAGGGAGUCUUGCAUGGAAGAUAUUCGCAACCAGUCAGGUAGCAACAUCGAUGAAACUGAACUUGUGGGGUUUUCUAGGCCCAAACAAGAGUUGAUAAAGCUUCUAGAUGUCCAUGCUAGAAAUGGCCCUGCUCAGGUAGUAUGUGUGGUUGGCAUGGGUGGUUUGGGUAAGACUACUCUUACAAGGAAGGUUUAUGAAAGCACGGAAAGCUUUACGUGUUGUGCAUGGGUCACUGUCUCGCAGUCAUUUGUCAGGAUGGAUCUUCUCAAAGGUAUGAUAAAGCAACUUCUUGGCGAUCAUGCAUUAAACAAGCAACUUGAAGCAAAUGUAGUGCAAGAACAUAUCCUCGCCGAAUACCUACGAAUAGAGCUACUUGAGAAGAGGUACUUUGUUGUUCUUGAUGAUUUAUGGAACUUAGAUGAUUGGAAAUGGAUAAAAAGUAUUGCUUUUCCUAGCAGUAACACCAAAGGUAGCCGAAUAGUGGUAACAACACGAAAUGUUGGUUUAGCUAAGGAGUGUACUUCGGAAUCUUCUAGACCGCUUAUCUACCACCAUGAACCCCUAGAAACAAAUGAUGCCAUAAAGUUGCUACUAAAGCGUACUAGGAAAAGUGAGGAAGACAUGAAAAAUCAUCAAAUGAAGGAAAUAGUUACUAAGAUAGUAAAAAAAUCUGGCCGGUUACCCCUAGCUAUACUCACAAUUGGAGGCAUGCUUUCCACUAGAAUGAUUAGUGAGUGGGAAACUAUUUAUGACCAGAUCCCAUCAGAGCUAGAGAGUAACCGAAGCCUUGAAGCGAUGAGGAGGAUGGUUACUCUUAGCUACCACCACUUGCCUUCUCAUCUCAAGUCAUGCUUUCUGUAUAUAAGCAUAUUCCCCGAAGACUUUCAAAUCAAAAGGAGACGCCUAGUAGAAAGAUGGAUAGCCGAGGGGUUUGUUAUUGCCACGGAUGGAAUGAAUGCUCAGGAUGUUGGGAAUAGUUACUUUAAGGACCUAAUAUACCGAAGCAUGAUCCAGCCAUCAAAAGUGAACAUAGAAGGGACUGUGAAGGCAUGUCAAGUUCAUGAUAUCGUUCGGGAUGUCAUGAUCUCGAUUGCUAAAGAAGAAAAAUUUGCAUGCUCUGCGUGGGAUAAUGCAACUGGCAUGGCAGGGGAUAACUUUCGUCAUGUAGCAUAUCAAGGCAGUUGGUGCCCAGAUAAAGGCUUGGAUUGGAACCAUGUCCGGUCAUUCACUGUGCUUGGUGAGAGACCCAUGAAGCCAACACCUUCAGUUUGUUCACCCGACUUCAAGAUGCUUAGAGUCCUGGAUUUGUGUAAUGCCAUGUUUGAUAUCACACAAAAAGAUAUCAAUUCCAUAGGGAUGUUGCGUCAUUUGAAAUAUAUCAGCAUCCAUAAAUGCCUAUCAUAUGUUUAUAAACUCCCAAGAUCCAUCGGGAAGCUACAAGGGUUGCAAACUUUGGACUUAGGAAUAUGUUAUGUGGCAUCACUACCAACUGCGAUCACUAAACUGGCAAGCCUUCGUAGCCUCCGUUGUAGCAAAGAAAGCAUAGACUUUAGUUCGUACACAGAUUACCCUGUGGUCUGGUUAGCCUCCACAUUUUGUCUGCCUAUUGUAUACACUCCUUUAAUUGAUGCUGAUGAUCGUCCGGAUAUUAUUAUGAUGGCACACAUGGCCAGGACUGGCCGUUUGUCAAACUCUGAAGGUGUGAGAGUGCCCAAAGGGAUCAGCAAUCUAAAGGAGUUAGAGAUCCUAGAAGUUGUGGAUAUUGAGCGAACUAGUGGGAAAGCAGUUAAAGAGCUCGGGGAGCUUAUAAAGCUAAGAAGGUUAAGUUUGACACUAGGGGCAACUCAGCAAAAGAGCAAGAUAGUUUGUGCAUCCAUUGAGAAGCUCACUUCCCUCCACUCUCUUAAUAUUAGCGUGGAUUAUGAUUCUUGGAGAGGCCGUGCAUCCCUCGAGUGCUUGCAUUCAAUUUCCACUGCCCCCCCUCUCCUGAGGACGCUGAAGUUGGCUGGUUGUCUUGGAGGCAUGCCUGGCUGGGUUGGCGAUCUGGUACAUCUGGUAAAGAUUGAGUUAAGGUGUACCAACCUGACGGAAGGAGAUAAAACCCUAAACAUACUAGGGGCACUGCCCAAGCUCAUGCACCUUGAACUUGGUUUCGAAUCUUAUGUUGGAGAGAUGCUUGUUUUCAGAACGGAAACUUUCACAAAUCUCCGGAAACUUGUUAUUUUCUGGCUGGACAAACUGAGCGAGUUGAUAUUUGAGAUGGGCACCUCGCCCCACUUGGACAAUAUUGAAAUCAGUCGUUGCAAGCUGGAAUCAGGGAUUACUGGUAUCAAACAUCUUCCAAGCCUCAAGGAAAUUUCACUUGGUUACGAUGGUAAAGUGGCGAGGCUUGGUAUGCUCCAACGUGAAGUGGACACACACCCGAACCAUCCUAUUCUGCGGCUCAGGGAUGACUGGACCCACCACGAUCUGGAUGCUGUCGUCCUCCAAGGAUCCACUACUGUGGUACAAGCAGAUCAAGCAACAGCGGGAGAGAGCUCACACCCGCAGGUGCCGACGGGGAGCGACAGAAAUCGAGAUAUAUACGAGGAGCUGGAGUGA